CGCACUGAUUCCUCCCUCCCGAACUCUGACCCCUUCUGGCUUUUGUUCGGUUGCUCGCUUCAAUCUUCCAGCGAGGAUUCGGCGGAAGAAAAAAUAAUUUAAAUUGGAAAUCCGUUAAAUUAGCUCCCCGCCGCUGUCGAUGACAAUGCCGUUGAUCGCGUUCAAAAGGUCAUCACACCACCGCCAGCCCGAGUGGGAUGUUACUCUGGUUAAACGACGUUUCCAGGGCAGACAUUAAUUAGAGGGAAAUAAAGCAAUUUCUUGAACCAUUGAGAGAUUAUGGAUGAGAAAAGAGCUGCUUCUGUAGACUUCGUCAAGGAUUUCCAGGAGUACCUCACUCAGCAGACUCAACAUGUGAAUAUGAUAUCUGGCUCAGUUGGUGUGGAGAAGGACCCAGAAUCUCUACAAACUGGAUCAGAAAAUGAUCAAAAUGGAAUCCAUCAUGCUUCAGUUGAAGUUUCAUUGGAUGACGGCUCUGGGCUCAUGGCUGACGGGUUUGAAAGAACAUAUGAUGGAAAACUAAAAUGCCGAUACUGCAACUACGCUAGUAAAGGGACCGCACGCCUGAUGGAGCAUAUCAGAAUGCACACAGGUGAGAAGCCCCACAGAUGUCACCUAUGCCCGUUUGCUUCAGCGUAUGAGCGGCACCUCGAAGCACACAUGCGCUCACACACGGGUGAAAAACCAUACAAAUGUGAGCUUUGCUCUUUCUGCUGCAGUGAUCGAAGUAACCUGUCCCAUCACCGUAGACGUAGGCACAAACUUCUUCCCUUGAAAGGUGCUAGGACCUGCCUGACCAAUAAGAAAAUGUUGGGCAUUUUGCAGAAAAAAACUAACAACUCCCUGAGUUAUGGGACAAGACUUCUGAUUAAUCUAAGUCCUUCUUCCAUGAUGAUACAGAAGCCAGAUUACCUCAGUGACUUUUCUCAUGAUAUGUCAGCUAACUCCUAUGAGGGUUUGCAAAAAGUACAGUCUGGUGGGAUUUCGAGGGACACGCAAGAUAUUAUGGUGGAUAAUCCAUUAAACCAGCUUUCUACCUUAGCAGGCCAAUUGUCCAGCCUUCCACCUGAAAACCAAGCUCCAGCAUCUCCUGAGGUGGUAACCUGCAGGGAUGAAAAACCAUAUGUGAUCUCACAGUCUACAGCUCCAGUCGUUUCCACGGUAGCUUCCAGUGUGGCCCAAAGCUCAUCCCCUAUCAGUCCAGAUGCAUGUCACACGCAAAAUCAGCGGAACUUCAGUCCUGUGGCUGGCCCCAGUAGUGAGCAUAGUGCUCAUACAAGUACACCCAGCGUGACGAACAGCCAGCCUAGCACCCCUGCUCCUGCUCUUCAAGUCCAGGAUCCCCAACUUCUGCAUCAUUGCCAACACUGUGACAUGUAUUUUGCAGACAAUAUCCUUUAUACGAUUCACAUGGGAUGCCAUGGUUACAAGAACCCAUUCCAAUGUAACAUAUGUGGAUGUAAAUGUAGAGACAAAUAUGAUUUUGCUUGUCAUUUUGCUCGGGGUCAACAUAAGCAGAAUUAACAUUACAGCACUUAAUUAAGAGCUGGUAUUCAGUUUCAAUACUUAUUGGACUAAUGUUGCUUCAUAUUGAGAAUAUUAAAUAUGUAAUAAGAGGGAAUGAUUUACUUGCCUCACUUUUUCUUCCUUUCGUGGAUACUUUAGAAUGCUUUUUUUCUGUCCUCUGAUGUAGUUAUGGCCUAGGAUUAGACCACUUCAAAGUAUAUUGGUGCAGCACAAUUUAAUAUAUCUCCUACCGUAUAAAUUCCACAGUAGCAUCACUUCUUAUCUCCGUGAAGAUUUCAGUGAUCUGAGUGAACCAUGGCUAACACUAGUGUGUUAAGUGCUGAUCCUGAUAAGCAUCAGCCACUAGUGUGAAAAAAACAUUACUGCAGAGAUAACAGAAAAGAUGUCAUCUUCAGUUACUGUCCCAAUGUAUGUUUUGAUAUUCUACUGUACACUGAAAUAGCAUGUAGCUGUAUAGAUUAUUUGAAUGCAUUUUUGUGUACGUUCUUUCUGCAUUGAAAAUACUGACCAUUUGAAGGUUCUAUAUUUUGACAUGAACUACAAAAGGCCUAUCAAGGAAUAAAUAAAUUACUUGUUAAAUAUAUUGAAAAUAGCUGUCUAGAUCUGGUAAGCAUUCACAUCUCAUUAUUCAAUAGUUAACAGCUCACCAUUGUAAAGUCAAAUUUACCUGCUUCAAGUAUGUCAAACUAAGCAGUUGUCCCUUAAAAUUUUCAGAAAUGUCUCUAUGCCAAUUCUAAGGAUCAGAGAAACAUUUCUGCAUCAAUGAUGCAAAAAUGUAAAAUGUUUUGGUACAAUUUUGCGUUUUCAAAAUAGCUAAAAUCUGUCUAGCUAUAACUACUUUAUCUAUGUUUAGUAGUGGUCUUUAUUUUGCAAGUGGUCAGUGUCAGUGGAUGACCUUACAACUGCACAACCAUUCAUGUUGUGGCCUAUUUUAGGACAAUCCUCAUCUUUUUACUUCACUGCAAAGGCAUGAACUCAACAGAAUUGUCCAAUAAUAAUCGUAAUUUAUUGAAUCAAUAUAAAGUCAAGACAUUUAAUAGUGAUGAAAUUGAAAUCUUAAUAUCAUACUUAUACAGUUAAACAAUUUUGUUGUUUUAAUGAACUAAACUCUUUGAUUUGUUACAGAAGGAUCAUUUAUUGAGUUUUAUGAUUUCUUGAUAUGUUCCACUUUUCAAUCACUUCCAGUAAGUGAGAUCAGUGCAUGAGCCUUUGAGCAUUCAUCUAGACAAAUCCCCUUCUUGCCAUUGCACAUCAGCUCAAUCUGUUUGUUAAUCUUUGGGCAUUUCACAUGCUUUAAGAGUUAAGCUAAACUUUGGAUCAGAAUUUUCUUGUGUUGUGCAUUUCUCACACACCGGAAUUUGCUUGACCUUGAAUAAUAACCGCAUUCAUAAACAUGUUGGCGCUUAAUUCUCUCUCACAGCAUUCUAAUUCCAGCUUUUUACUUACAGCACUAAAUGUCCUUUGUUACUACUAAUGCUAUUUUACUUUGCUUGCAACUCCUAACAGUCUGUAUCUUUCACACUGUUGAAAGUUGCAUUUGCAUAGACGGGCUUCCACUUAACAACAAUAGCUUUGACUGAAGAAAGUUGCAAAAAUCCUGGGAACAAGGUAUAAAAUGUAAUUAUCUUGUUUUCUGGGACUUGUGCAAUUUCUCUGCCAAAAUUAAGGCAGAUAUGCUGGAUAACCACAAUUAAAUUUUACCCCUUGAUUUUCAAACUUUUUUUAGAUUUUACAGGUUGAGUUUUGCUUGAAAUUUAUUUCAGGAACUUUCCCCUCUAACAUAUACUGUAGAUAUUAGAUAUAAUGAUGUCUUUUUGGAUAUAGUUAGAUCAAAAAUGUAGAAUUUUAAGUAGCAAAUUAGAUUGUUUUUAUGUCAAUAUUUCGUGCAAAAUACAUAUUCUAAACUGAGUUCAAUGUAUAAUCUGCAAACACUCUCCUUUACAAUUAGAUUUUGGAAACUCGAAGCACUUUUUAAAAAAAUGUUAUGUUGGAAUACAAUGUAGAUAUACACUCCUCCCUCUGAGGCUAAUUCCAUAAUAUAAAUAUCUGCCCUGGUAACGAGUGACAUCACAAAUUCCACAAAAAUAUGAAUGCACUAAUCUGUUGUUGGAUUAAGGUCAGUUUCUGGAGUAAAAUAAAUGCAAGGCACUUCACUUGUGUAUAUCUGAAGUUUGUGGCUGCUUGUGUUCUUGGAGUACAGAGACCUUGCAUUGAGGUCCAGCAGAAAUUAUCUCGUUGCUUACAAAGGAAGGAAGUACAAAGUGAAUUAUCAACAUUUGCAAAAGUGAAGAAACGAAAAAGCAAAUGAAUCUCCAUUGUGACUCAAACACAAGAGACUGUACUAAGAUAGUUUCAAUGAGAGCUCAAUUAGUCAACAUUAUUUUUACAGUGUCUGUCUGUCACAGGCCCCACCAAUUGCUGUACAGGAAUGGUGCAUUGUUGAUUGUAAAGUUUAGAUUGUUCUUUAACUGACUCCAUUAAAUAUGCCUGUCACCAAAACAAAUAAAAUUUACAUACCUUUUGUGCCUUCAAGGUUGAAAACUGAUGGAAUUUAACAAGGUAUUUUAUUUAUGAUUACUUGUUUUCAGUAUAUUUUUGGUUAGUAUUUAGUACAAAAUAGCUGUGUCAUGUUGACCAAAACAAUCAUCUUUCUCAUGUCCCUUUGGAAGUGGAGAUUAUGUAAAUUUAAAGCUAUACUGUCUGCUGAAUUCUUCUUUAUUGAUUCUAAAUUGAUGACAAAAAAUGGGUUACAAUGGUCAGUGAGAAAGAAGAGUCAUUUGUUUUAUGUUCGGUAAGUUCAUUUCUUUCUAAUCUGCAUUACUGGCUAUUGGUACAGAAUUUAAUAAGUUUUGGCCUUAAUUUUAGAUUAAAUUCUAAAUUAAUAACCAGCAGUGCCUAACAAAUAAAUACAUCUAUGGUACAAAAAUGUUGUCAUUUUCAGGGUUCCAAAAUAUACAUUUAAGUCAGAAGAUAAUCUGUACAGCAUGUUUUUAAUCAAGUCAUGUCAAGUAAUUGUACAUGUUGUUAUAAUGUAUUUACACAAUAGAUGAAUCAAAUUCAUUUUAGACAUGAAGUUUUAAUGAUGGAAUUUUGGAUUCUUUUUAAGUAGAGACACUGACUUUACAAGGUGAUCGCAAAUAUAUCACUUUGCCUCAGUGUACAAUCUCACCUCUUGGUUGGAAUGUUGUGGAUUAAACAAAUGCCAGGAGUUGAAUGCAUAAUUUAUGUAUCUCAGUAAUGCAGGUAUGUUUAAUUGUUGAAGAUGCAGACCUGUGGAUAAGAUGUUAGACAUUUCUCCAUUCCCCAAGAACAAAUAUCAAAUGGCAUUAAUCGAAUAGGGAGUUCUUCAAGUUUGUGAACCAUAGUACAUCUUUCAAUCAAUCACCAAAAUGAUUUUUAACAGGUUAAUUAUUUCAUUGCUAGUGCAUUGUGAGAAGGCAGUUUAUGAUGCAAAAAUUACUUCACUAAACUGUGUGCUCUCGUUGUCAGUUUAAGUUUCUUGCUAACAUUGGGUUGGACCUACUGGUCAUAAAGCAUGUAUGCAAACAGGCAGUGAUUUACCUUAUUUUAACUUCCACACUUCUUGCACUUUAGCAGUUUAAAAUAGGAAAGCAAUUCUGUUUAGUUUGAAAAUUCAGUUCGUACCUGUUUUCAGGGUGAAGUAUUUUAACACACAGGAAAUAUAUAAGACCAUAAGACAUAGGAGUGGAAGUAAGGCCAUUCGGCCCAUCAAGUCCACUCCACCAUUUAAAUCAUGGCUGAUGGGCAUUUCAACACCACUUCCCCGCACUCUCUCUGUCGCCCUUGAUUCCUUUUGAUAUCAAGAAUUUGUCGAUCUCUGCCUUGAAGGCAUCCAAUGUCCCGGCCUCCACUGCACUCUGCGGCAAUGAAUUCCACAAGCCCACCACUCCCUGGCUGAAGAAAUGUCGUCUCACUUCAGUUUUAAAUUUACACCCUCUAAUUUUAAGGCUGUGCCCACGGGUCCUAGUCUCCCCGCCUAACAGAAACAACUUCCUAGCGUCCACCCCUUCUAAACCAUACGUUAUCUUGUAAGUUUCUAUUAGAUCUCCCCUCAACCUUCUAAACUCUAAUGAGUACAAUCCCAGGAUCCUUAGCCGUUCAUCAUACGCUAAACCUACCAUUCCAGGGAUCAUCCAUGUGAAUCACCGCUGGACGCGGCAGCACAUGGGCUUAUCCAAGUUGUUCCUAAAAUACUAAUCUACCUUGUCCAAAUUCCAAAGUCCUCUUGAUACGUCCACCCCAAUGGUUAUAGCAACAUAUGAACCUAUAUAGCAGACAUUAAUUAUAAGAUUGCCAUAGCUGAUCCGGAUGAAUCCUAGUUCAUUGUUCAAAGACACGGUUCCAGAUGGGUCGUUCUAAAACAAUUAAAGUAAGAUUAAAUGACAGAUUUUAGCGAAAAUUGCAGAUAGAUGAAUUUUAGAAUCCUUAGAAUAAUUGACUAAAAUCAGUCAAACAAUAGUUGGCAUUCUACACCAUUUUUUUAGCAUAAUGAGCUGAGCCAAAUUAUUUCACACCAUCAUUCUCAGACAAGACGUGACACAAAGAAACAAAGGAUCUUGGAAAGUGGUCCAUUUUAAGGAGCAUUUUGAUGGAGACCAGAAAGACAGGUUUACGGAGGGAAUUUCAGAGCUCAGGGCCAAGAUAACUCAAUGUAGCCAGCAGAGAGAUGAAGGAAAUGGAGGCUUCAUGAAAGGAAAACAGUAGCGAAAGAUGGAGUUGUUGAAAAUCUAUGAUAUUUGAGGAUGUUACAAAGGAGUGCCAACAAAGCCACAGUGCAAGUUGAAUAUAAAGAUGAGAAUUUUCAUUUGACUGUACCUGGAUAUGAGCUAAUACAGCACAGUGAGUACAGGGCUGAUCGAUGAAUAGGACCUAAUGAGAGUCAGAACAUGGAGAACAGAGCUUUGGACCAGCUGAAUUUUAUGGGAGGUUUGACUAAGUUCAAGAGUCAUUCCUGGUCUAUUUGUUAGUUAUUUAUAUAAACAUAUUUGAGACAAUCACAUCGCCAAGAAAGCCAUUGAUGUUAAGGUUUUUUUUGCAGAAUCUACUCCAGUAAAAGUUCUGGAAUAUCUAGCAAUUUAUGCAAUUAAAAAUGCAAUUUGGUUCAGUCAUCAUUAUAAAUAGGUUUAAUUAUAAAUGGAGAAAAUUACAUUUAAGUUCCAAAACAUCUGUAAAAUGCUGGAAUGCUAUUUAAUAAAAUCAUAUUUUACUUAUUCAGUUACUUGAAAACAAAGAGUUAAAUUUCUAUUUAGUAGUCUUGAAUAUUAGUGGUUAGUAUGAAACCUUCAAUAAUGGUCAGCAGUUCAAGAAGAUCUUUAUUGUAAUAAAUUUGCUCAGAUUCCUUAAAAUCAUCCUCCAGUGUUUCUGACCAAAUGAAAAGCAGUAUCCUCUAGAAAAUCUGACCUGAGUCCAGUAUUCUAUCAUUUAUUUGUUGUAUAUAAUUAUAUACAGAACUGUUUAUUAAUGUGAUGGCAGACACCACUGAGAUAGCACUUUAUUAAGUUGAACAUGAAGGAACUUAGUGGAAAAAGUGGGUGGUGGUGGUGUUUGAGAUUUUGGCUUGAUUAUUUCCAAGCCUUUAUAAUUAAUAAUGCUUUGUCUAACUAAGUUUUAUAUGCCCAAGUUUAUUUUGGUUCAAUUUGUAUGCUGUAAAGUGAAAGGUUUUGUUACAUAUCAGUAUCUAAUGUAAAGUGUCUUUUUUGUUUGCAUUUUGUCAUUUUUCAGCAGUGCAUUUGUAUAUAUGUACAUACAUUAAUGUGCAUAUAAUUCAAUGCAAUUUAAAUUUAGAUGUUGUAAAAAUGUGAAUAAAUUGUUAAUGUGACUGUUAAAUAGCCAUCUAAAUUAACUAUUGCUAACAUAUUGGUACAAGUGCUUGACAUAAAAAUGCUAACAGUGUUUAAACUAGCCACAAUGUUUGUACUUCAAAAAAGAUAUACAUAAAAGUGAAGUUCCUUGAUAUUUCAUGUGAGAUUAUCGAAACUACAAGCCCCUACAAGUUGCAGUGCCGAGAUGCACUGCACUGUGCUGUGAUAUGAGCAGUUUAAACAUUGUUUCCUGUUUUCAAGUUAGAUUGUGUAAACUAAAGCAGAGCUGGAAAAUUCGGUUGUUUUUGAGUUGCAUUUUGUAUAAUACCUUCACACAUUGCUUUAAAUA